CAGUGACGAGCGAGAGCCAGACGACGACGACGACGGGAGGAGGCAAUGGCGGCCGCUCAAGCGUCCGAUGCGCGCACGUUCAACGUUUCCGUCGUCGGUCUGAGUGGAAAAGAGAAAGGCACACAAGGAGUCGGCAAGAGUUGCCUCUGUAACCGUUUUAUGUGCUCACAUGCUGACGACUUCCGUACUGACCAUAUCAGCGAGAUCAGUCAGUCAGAUUUCAUUGGCAGCGUCGUCAACAGCAAACAUUUUCUGUAUUGGGGACAAGUGGGCAAGGUGAUGGACGACGGGACAAGCGCCGUCUUUAGAGUCGUUGAAAUGACGGAGUUUAGUGACGACGAGAAGUUACAGGCGUUUGCUGGUCACGCCUACUUGAAACGGGCAGUUGCUGUCAAGUUGGAGUCAAAGGGUAAAGUGCGCUACCUGAGUAAGGACCAGAUGGCGCUGCCGGAAGAGUUUGAGAUGUUGGCGUUCCCGGAUAAGUUUCAUGUUGAUGGGUUUUUGGUAGUGUUUGAUGGGUCGGGGUAUGUUGAUGGACGAAGCAGCGAGGCGCAGAAGAAAUUGUUGAGUAAACUCGUUCCUGUGCUUGUCAAAACGAAGAAGCCAGUUGUUGUGGCAGCGACGAAGUGUGAGCAAGGCAAUGAGACGUCGUUGAGAGAGAUGGAGGGUUUCCUCGAGAAGAUAAUAAAGAAUUGUCAUUUCGUUGAAGUUUCUGCGUUCGAUGACGUCAAUGUGGAGCAUGUGUUUUUCACGUUAGCCAAUUUGAUCCAGAAAGGUAUGAAGACGAGAUGUAAGAUCGUGCCGUUUCAUCAAGCCAGCAUGUUGAGACUGCAGCAGCUGACGAAUGCGAAGAAGUCGUAUCAGGCUCUACUGAAUGAAAGGAUUGCAGACUUCCAGACGACGUGGCUACGAGCACAGAAAAUGUUACAAAAUGAGGAUUCGUUCAAGAGCUACGUUCACCUGCAAGGCAUGAGUAAGUCAAAGCGACCGUUUUUGCAGCACGUCAUGAAAUUGAAGGAGAAGAAAAAAGAGCAAAAGUUGAGUGAGCAUUUCACGAAGAUGCCGAAGGCUCUUGCAGCCAUUCUACCGAAUCUCGAUGAAGAGAGCACGUGGUCACAAUGUCAGAAAGAGAUGAGAAAGUGCAAGGAGUUUGAUCAGUAUUUUGUCAUUCUGGCUGAGGAUUCUCUGUGGGAGGACGAGGACUGGUUGGUGAGCAGCGACCCUCGCAUUCCAUUAUCGAUCCUCGGGUUGCCGGAGGCAGAAACUUGCUUUGCUGUUCACAAGAGGGACGUGAUAGCAAGACAGAAGAGACUGGAGAUGGAACGCAACUUGAGAGAACUGCUUGCUGAUGCUAGAGACGACAUACAACCAGGAAUGUCAUGGAUCGAAGUAAACGACAUCUUGUCUUUACGUGACGACUACACUCCCAUUGAAACUUCACUAGGCAAAGCCGUAUGGAAAGAAGAAGGCGAAAUCUUCAAAGAACAAGCAAAGGAAGACUUCUAUGAGAUGCUCGUUGAAGCACCAAACUUGUUUGACUACGCACGAAUUACAGACAGACUCGGAGAUCAAGUGCAUUUCAUUAGAAAAGCAUUACAGGAUGACCCUCGAUAUCAUCAGCUCGACAAAUUGGAUGAGAUACGGUCCAUGCUCAUCUGGAAUCACGUCGGUUUCUUACAGAAAGAGCCGCCCAUUGACAUUCGAUUUCGGGAUGUCAUUGAUAUCACAAGAAGGCGAGGAUCUCUCAUGAUCAAUAGUAACAUGUGGAAUAUCAAGGCUGGGGAUACGAGGUUGAGGUUGUUACUGUUGGGGACUGAUGGACUUGCACUGGAGCUGCAGGGAGAGAUAGUGAAUUUGUGCUCAUCUGACUUUGAGUACGUUGUUGAUAAUGUUCACUACACGGUGGAAACACGAAUUAUUGAUGAUCAGAUUGUAUCUGCAAGCAAUUUUGCUAGUGGAGAGUUCACACCAACAGGUUGUAUGUGCAUAUUUAGUGGCCUGGGCAACUUGCAGUACGUCCACAAAGCUUUAGAUGGUCACAUCUUGGCCAGCAAUUGCGCUCAACCUCUCACACGUCUUCCAUUCAGAGGACUGCCUAUUACACUUGUACAAGCCGUAGAUCCCGAUAUGCCAGAAGCCGACCAACAGGAAGUUGCUAAGAAUGCAGUGGAACUCGCUAAGAGAUUGCAAUGUGGUGUGUCGUUUCCCAAAGGCCAACGAGCCGAUCGCCAGACCGUGACGUCUGAACAAGCAGCCGAAGCUAUUUCUGGUCUCGUUUCGUGUGUGAAACACAGACAGACUUUUAUCAGCGUGACAAAGAGAGUCCAACCGGAAAUCAGGAUUGCCAUGUAUGUAAUGGAUAACGAUCCAUAUUCUCCAGAACAACUUCUGGCUCCUCUUCUCUGUCAACAAUGUUGUUGGAGAGAUCCUGACAAACCGUGUGCAGUCAGAUUUCAAGUGUAUCUUGACAACAGCUACAAGUGUGUGGAAAUAGCUCUUCUGUCUCCACAAGGCGUUUCAACGGCAAAGCGAAAGUUACGUCACGGUUAUAUGCUCGUUUACUCAGCCAAGAGACGAGCUUCGUAUAACAACAUCCGGGCAUUGUUUGAUCAUUUGCCGUCUAUUCCUCGUGCCAUCGUUGCUGUGGCUGACAAAGUAGACGUGGAAGCAGGUUUGUCUGACCCUCUAGAAGAUGAUCUGGAGUUGAAGCUGCUGAGCUACGGAAACAGUCUGGCUGCAAGAACGGGAGCGAUGUUUCUCACCUUAUCGCCGCACUCAGACGUAGACGAGGGAAUUUUCUUGCGAUUCUUUACUGAGGCAUGGAAUAGACGGUUAAGCAGUGGUGUACUUCAGGGCAACUGUGCCUUGCCCAGCCCAUUAAGUCAACGCCUUCCUGCACGACCUCCCAGCCCUUGUCUCUCAACACCAUCUUUGUCCAUUUUCUCUGCUGAUCAAAGUAUGUCAUCAAUGAUGUUGAAACCAAAAGUAUGUCGACAUGCGUAUGAAGAGGUGGACCUUCCAUUUGAAAGGAAUAAGAACGCAUCUCCUGGGUUGUCAGAUUCUCAUACUUCGAAGUCUUCUGAACCGAUUACAAAAUUGGGGCAACAGUCAACGUUAUUUCAGUAUCACGACGAUAUGGCUGUGGGACCGGCUGAUCAAGCAGCAGAAACACAGUCUCUGGAUAUUGAUAACCGACCUCCAGCCAAACUACCACACGAGUCAAAGUGGUUUCAAAGUCUUGAAAGAAGAGAAGUUGAAUACUCUUAUGCUCUUCAUGGUGGAGGCAAAGAGACCAAAGAUGGACAAGGAAGUUCCGAGGCAAUUCUGUCUCUCGAGGAGCCUUUCUAUGCAAUGCCACAGAACAGUGUGGUAGGGAAGAAGCCAAUACGUGUGGUCAGUAGCAUGCAGCGACCGAACAUUUCAGGUAAUCGGAAAGUGUCCGAACCGGCAAUGUCGACUCCCAAGUUAGCAGGUUCUCAAAUGCCAACUGAAUAUGCUGUGGUGCAGGACAUUGUGACUAAAUGUGACUAUGAGACUGUAGAAGAUGCGGUGCUCUUGACUCGACAAUCAGAACGGGAUCAUCGACGUCGACAUAAUUACUUUAGUGAGCGACAAAGUCUGGAGAAGGAGCCCGAAGCUGUUCAAGAUUCACUGAAAAAAACAGAAGCAGAGAAGCAAGACUCAACACCCGAGAGUCAUCAGUAUGGCACAAUACAUGCAGAUGGUUUUGAUAGGAUGUUGACUCCACCGGAGAGACGUAGGUAUCACCCUUAUGAAGAAGUGAAGUUGGACAAAGGGAAGGACAAGUAUCAGUCCACAAGCAACACUAACGUGUCUGGUCGGACGUCUCCAGCAUUGAGUGACACGACGUCAGGAUCAGAGUCUCCACUUCUGAGCAGGCGAAGUGUACCAGUGAAUGUGACUCCAACAAGCACAGCAAGGAGGCAGAAAUUGAGUAUUGGGUCACUUGUGACACAACGGUCUCUUGAUACAGACGAUAGUGGAGACGAGAUGAAGAAGAAAAACACAAGAAAAAGAGUUCCAUCACAAGGAGAAUUGUCUGUCUCGUCAGGAUCAGUUCUCAGCACUGGAGAAGACUAUGUAUUAUCACCUCGUGCAUAUCGCAAGUUCUCUAUACCAGUGAAAGUGACAGAGUCAAUGCUUGAUAUAUACAGAGAUGAUGAUGAGCUACUGCGUGUUGAGAUCAUUGACCCAUCUAUUACUUCCUUUGGAAAUGGAGAGUUUGAUAAUGAUAUGUCUCCUUUCCUCCCUUCUGAUAAACCAAAGAAGAAGUCAAAACAGGAGGAGAAGGAGAGAGUGAAACUGGAAGCUCGUCGUCACAAAGAACAGCGAAAACUGGAAGACAAAAGACGUCGAGACAUUAGAAAAGAAGAGGAACGUUUGCGUAAAUGGAGAGCAAAAUCUCCCGCUCAACAGAGACAUCGAGGCUCACCCGUUUCCACCUACUUUAGCAUCGAGUUGAACGAACUGCCUGAAAUUGCAACACGAGGUGCUCACCUCCCUUUGUUUGUUGCCAAGUGCAUCAAAGCAAUUGAAAAACACGGCAUGCAAGUGGAGGGUUUGUAUCGUGUGUCUGGUAAGAAGGAUGUGAUCAGCGUACUGAAGAUGAAGUUCGAAGCCGAUCACAAGUUAGACUUCGAUAUUUGGGCACAAGAGAGCGUUCAUGUGUUGACAACGGCUCUCAAGUCUUUCUUCCAAGAAUUGCCUUCUCCUCUCUUUCCUGAAUCGUUGAUAGAGCUGUUAUGCGAGAUAAUCGUAAAGCCAGAGUUUGAUGAGAAACUUGCUCAACUAAAGGAAUGCAUUGAGACGCACCUUCCGUCUCUAAAUUACGGUGUCCUUCGUCAUCUCAUCAAACAUCUCCACCGUGUCAAGCAGCACAGCGAACAAAACAAGAUGAUGGCGAGCAACUUAUCCGUUGUGUUCUGGCCUACUCUCAUACGUCCAAACAUCACAAAUAUUGACAAACUUCUUGUCGAUCGUAACGAAACUACAAACCUUGCGGAGAUCAUUACAACGUUCAUUGAACACGCACACUUUUUCUUUGGAGAAGACGACACGCCAGAUGCUGCGACCAUCGUAGAGAUACCUACAGAACUAGGGGACAUAAUGGACGGACAGGAAACUGAAGUGAUUGUCAAUGAGCUGUUUGUGGAUAAUGAGGAGACGGUGGAUAUUGAUGACAGACAGGAUGAUGACGAUGACAACUUGUAUGACACGGGAGCAUGUCCAUCAACAAGAAGAUAUACAGAUCUAUGAGUAAUAUUCUUCACGUAGAAUUUAUUUGCUAUGGAAUGUAAAUGCUGUCGAACGUGUAGAUGACGAUGAAGAGACGAUUAGCAUGCAUACUGAUGUAUGAACAAACAAACCUACAGCACAAAUCGUAUAUCCUGUAGCAUUGUUGUUAUUGAAUAUUAUUAUUAAGUAUUGAUGUAAAAUAGAGAGAACUAAACGACAA